GCUGCCUCUGCCCCCGCGCCCAGCUAGCACAUCCCCGCCAUGGCCCGCAACCUCUUCUCCGUCCCCAUCUUCUUCAUCGUCUUCCGCGAGACCCUCGAGGCCGCCAUCAUCGUCUCCGUCCUCCUCGGUCUCGUCGAGCAGAUCGUCCACGAGGACCCCAACGCGAUCGCCGCCGCCCGCCGCCCGCGCCCCCAAGUCGCCCCCCGAUACACCGACGACGAGAAGCCGUCCGACGCGUCCAGCGCAUCCGGCUCGCACGACGCCGCGGCGCCCGAGCUGCCCCACCGCGACGCCGAGAACGAGAACGAAGACGACCCUGAAGAUGAGAACGAGGCAAACGAGGAGGACGACGCGCUCGCCGCCGCCCGCCUGGUGCGCAAGAUGCGCAUCCAGAUCUUCCUGGGCUCUGCCCUCGGGCUGUUCGUCGCGCUCGCCAUCGGUGCCGCCUUCAUCGCCGUCUGGUUCACCCAGGCCGCCGACCUCUGGGCAAAGUCCGAGGAGCUCUGGGAAGGCAUAUUCGAGGUCAUCGCGUCCCUCAUCAUCUUCGUCAUGGGUGUCACCAUGCUCAAGAUGGACCGCGCAAAGGCCAAGUGGCGCGUCAAGCUCCAGCGCGCGUUCUCCGGCAAACAUGUCGACCGCGAGACGCGCGCGGGCAAGUGGGUGCUCUUCAUCCUCCCGCUCAUCACCGUGCUUCGCGAGGGCAUGGAGGCCGUGAUCUUCGUCGGCGGCGUCUCGCUCGGGCAGCCCGCCGUCGCGAUCCCCAUCGCCGCGAUCGUGGGGCUCGUGUGCGGGCUCAUCUGCGGCUACCUCAUCUACGCGUUCGCGAGCCGCACGACGCUCACCGUGUUCAUGGUCGUGAUGACGAACUUCAUCCUGCUCAUCGGCGCGGGGCUCUUCAGCAAGGCCGUGUGGGCGUUUGACGAGCAGCACUUCAACAACAUUGUCGGCGCGGACGUGGACGACACGGGCGGCGACGGCCCGGGCUCGUUCAACGUGCAGGGCUCGGUGUGGCACCUCAACUGCUGCAACCCGGAGAACAACUACGACUCGGACGGCUGGACGAUCUUCGGCGCGAUCUUCGGCUGGACGAACAGCGCGACGGUGGGCUCCGUCGUGAGCUAUGUCGCGUACUGGGUCGCGGUCAUCGUCGUGCUCGUGUACCUCAAGUUCAAGGAGGGCCGGACGACGCUCCUCGGGAAGGAGAGCGCGGCGGGUGUGCGGCGGCGCGAGCGCCGGGAGCGCAUCGAGCGCGAGGACAGGGAUGACCGUGAACGCGAGGAGGCAGCGGCGGCGGGAGAGGUGGCGGUGGCGGCGGUCGAGGAGAAGGCGCGCCCGCCGACGCCCGAGGUUGCGUAGGCGGGCCAUGUCCAAAAUGUCACUAUAUGUCGUGUGCCGCGGCCUAUUGGCUCGUGGAUCGCUGCGCUUUGCGAUUAGUAUACUUUGUGUGUUGCUGUGGCGCCGCCGUGAGGUGCGCGCUCUGUGUAUAGUAGAUAGAAACGAUGGAACUUCAUGAC